AUGAGCAAACUUCUUGAAAACCGCAACGCCAUUGUUACCGGUGCUUCUCGUGGUAUCGGCGCUGCCACUGCGUACACACUUGCGAAGAAUGGCGCCAACGUCGUCCUUACCUACGCUACUUCCGCCGGAAAGGCAGAGGACCUUGCCAAGAAGAUCAUUGAAGAUUUUGGCGUCAAGGCGUAUGCUAUCAAGUCUGAUGCCAGCGAGUAUGGUUCCGCUGAGAAGUUGGUUGCCGAAGUUUCAAAACUGUUCAAAACUGUUGAUAUCUUGGUUAACAACGCAGGUUUUGAUGACGAUGGUUUGAUUGCCGAUUUGACUGAGGAUCGUUUCCACAAAAUUCUACAAGUCAACACGGUUUAUCCUGUCCUUCUGGUCAAGCACUGCAUUCCAUACUUUGGUACCAAGCCAAGAGUUGUCAACACCUCGAGUGUCUUGGCUAGACAGGUUACUGAAUUUGCAUGUUCCUACUCUGCUUCUAAGGCUGGAUUGGAGUCUGCUACCAAGAGCAUUGCCCUUGAAUUGGGUCAAAAGCACGAACUGACCUGUAAUGCUGUUUCUGUUGGUACAACUGCUACCGACAUGUGGUACAGAUCCGAUCCUGCUAUGCUGGAAGCUUACGAGCCACAAAUCAAGGCCACGCCUGCUGCCGCUAGAAUUGCAGAGCCACAGGACAUUGCAGACAUUAUUUUGUUUUUGUCCCAAGAGAGCUCUAGAUGGGUGACUGGAUCAACCAUCUGUGCCAACGGUGGUAUGCAAUUCAUUUGA